CCUAGUGCCUCAUACCCAACAAAGCUCUGUUUACUGAAGAUGGAAAGUUGUCCUUGCUGCGAAGAGCCAUGGACUAAAGAAGAAGAUGACAGGCUGUUUGCCCACAUUCAAGUUCACGGCCAAGGCAGCUGGACAUCUGUCCCAGAGGCCGCAGGGCUGCAGAGAUGUGGGAAGAGCUGCCAGCUAAGGUGGAUGAACUGCUUGCUUCCAGAUAUCAAACGGUGGAAUAUCUCUGAAGAUGAGGAACAACUCAUCAUAAGACUUCACGCUCUCUUGGGAAACAGAUGGUCUCUAAUUGCAGGGAGAUUGCCGGGUAGAACAGGCAACGAAAUAAGGAAUUACUGGAACACCCACAUCAACAGAAAACUUCUCAUCCAGGGAAUCGAUCCAAAAACUCACCGCCCAAUUCAUUCUGUUGAUAAUGAGAGAAGCAGCAGCAAGAGUCAGUCCCUCAACCAUGGAAUUCAAACAGUAGAUUUCUUUCAAUAUGAUGGGUUUGGGAUGAGUGGGGAUUCUGAGGGUGUGGCUUCAAACGCUGGCGACAGGAAUGAAGAGCCGCCCGAUGUGAAUCUGGAUUUGUGUAUGAGCUUGCCUUGUUACAGUAGAGAAAGUGUUGAUCCGAUGAAGCAGGGCGUUGAUAAAGUGAAGUUUCCAUGAGUAGGUUAACUGAAACUCACCUACUAUUUAGUACCGGUGAGCUGGUUGUAGAUUCCUUCCUUCUGUUGAUUCGUCUGAGCAAAUGUUGUCUCGACUUUCACUCUCUGUACUCUCUAUCUUGUCGGCAGCUGUUAUUAUUCAGUAAAACGCUAGCACAUGCAUAUGUUGUUGGAUGCUAAUACUUUUUGGUGUGUGUAA